AUGAUCGCGCGGCUUGCUCCUCUAGCUUUGGCCGUGGGAGCUCUGGCUAGUUUGGCUACUACCUCAGAGCCGGCUCUUUCUGAGAUCAGAGAGGCCCAGGCGACCACUCUCCCUGAAGUCUCCACUUCCAAUUUCGAAGGCGUCGCGUUCAAGCGUUUCUAUCAGAUCUGGCUGGAAAACAUUGACUUUGAGGAUUCUGCCGCGGAUAACAACCAGGAAUGGUUUGCUUCUCAGGGAAUUCUACUGUCCAACUUUUACGCGGUUGCUCAUCCUUCAGAGCCCAACUAUUGUGCUGCUGCCGGUGGUGACACCUUUGGAAUGGACAAUGAUAACUUCCAUCAAAUCCCUGAGAAUGUUUCUACCGUUGCCGACUUGCUCGACACUAAGUCCAUCUCAUGGGCCGAGUAUCAGGAACACUCCCCUUUCCCAGGCUAUCAAGGAUACAACUUUUCCAAUCAAGAGACCUACGCACCCGACUACGUGCGCAAGCAUAACCCUCUGGUGCUCUACAACUCUAUCAUGAGAAAUGACAGCCGCGCGCGUCAAAUCAAAAAUUUCACCGACUUCGAUAGUGACUUGAAGAACAAGAAGCUUCCUCAGUGGGCAUUCAUCACUCCCAACAUGACCAACGAUGCGCAUGAUACCACCGUCAGAUUUGGCGCAGCCUGGGAGCGGAGAUGGUUAGAGCCUCUCUUGAACAACACCUAUUUCAUGGAGGAUACCGUUGUCCUUCUGACUUACGACGAGGACAGAACCUACAACAAGACCAACCGAAUCUUCAGCGUUCUCAUUGGCGGUGGUGUUCCCGAGCAUCUCAAGGGUACAUCAGAUGAUACAUUCUACACGCAUUACUCCACCAUUGCUACUGUUUCUGCCAAUUGGGGUCUUCCCUCUCUAGGCCGCUGGGACUGUGGUGCAAACAUCUUUGAGUUCGUGGCUAACAAGACCGGCUAUGUGAACUACAAGGUCGACACAAGCCAUCUCCAUCUGAACAAUACUUACCCUGGCCCCUUGUCGGAUAAUUCAUACUCCAAGUACUCGAAUGUUUGGCCAAAUCCGGUCACAGAGGGUAAUUGCUCUGCUGGCCAUGGUGUCUUGGAGGCUGUUAAAAAGACCUAUGAAAAGACAAAGCCCACAUACAACUACACCUUCCCUUUCCCAUGGAAUGAGAAGUCGAAGUACAAUCUCAAUGUCACUGCAACUCGGAAGGUGAAUGGAACUUCCACCAAUCUGACUUCCACUGCAAAUAAGACAAGUGCCGCGGCUAUUACGACUGCAUCUGCCCAUAACGUUCUCUCUGCAGGACUUGUGGCAAUCUUUGCCUAUUUGCUCCUCUGA